AUUCGACGAUAAACAUUCUGACCUGUCGCUGUAGCAUUCUGUGAGGCAAGGGGUGAAGGCGAGCAAUGUAAGAGUCAGGCUGAAGGUGUGUCGGGGUAUAAGUAUAUCACACCGAAUUGGAUUCAUUCACUAGAAAAAUACAUCAACCAUGGCAAAAUAAUAUCCCUGUUAACACGGAAGAGACGCAAAGUCACUGUCGUGAUCGCGAAGUUUUCAGUCAGGGGAAGGCAACGGUUAGCCUGGGAAGCUAGCUACUGUAGCUAACGCGUUACAUAUACUCGCUUUUGCUAGCAACUGACCUCCACAACACGGCGCAUUGGUCUAGUGAUCAAUAAGUUACCCAUUCCUUCUCGUCAGCCCCCCUUGUCUCCUAACCCAAAGUGGUGCCCUGCGUCCGGGUCCUGGGAAUAUGAGACAGAAUGAGUCAGAGAGAUACCUUAGUUCAUCUGUUUGCUGGAGGGUGUGGGGGAACGGUAGGAGCCAUCCUGACCUGUCCUCUGGAGGUGGUGAAGACCAGACUACAGUCAUCCCACAUCACACUCUACGUGUCUGGGGUGCAGCUCAGUACCGUCAAUGGGCCCAGCGUAGCACGCAUGUCCCCUCCAGGACCCCUGCACUGCCUCAAGUUGAUUCUUGAGAAAGAAGGAGCCCGCUCUCUGUUCAGGGGCCUGGGGCCUAAUCUAGUGGGUGUGGCCCCCUCCAGAGCCAUCUAUUUUGCUGCGUACUCCAGUGCCAAAGAGAGACUGAAUGGAGUGUUUCAGCCGGACUCCACACAGGUCCACAUGGUAUCUGCUGGCUUGGCAGGGUUCACAGCCAUCACAGCUACCAACCCUAUCUGGCUCAUCAAGACUCGCAUGCAGCUGGACUCCAGGAACCGCGGGGAGAAGCCAAUGAAUGCGUUUGAGUGUUUGCGGCGGGUGUACCAGACAGAAGGCCUGCGAGGGUUCUACCGGGGAAUGUCAGCGUCCUACGCUGGAAUCUCAGAGACUGUGAUCCACUUUGUCAUCUAUGAGAGCAUCAAGCGGCGCAUCCUGGAGGCCAAGGCAGCGCAGCACAUGGACGAGGAGGAGGAGGCGUCCAAGGACGCCUCGGACUUUGUGGGGAUGAUGCUCGCCGCCGCCACCUCCAAGACCUGUGCUACGUCCAUCGCUUACCCCCAUGAAGUGAUCCGGACCCGGCUACGGGAGGAAGGCACCAAGUACCGUUCCUUCUUCCAGACUCUGACCACGGUUCCCAAGGAAGAGGGCUACCGGGCGCUGUACCGCGGCCUCACCACCCACCUUGUGCGCCAGAUCCCUAACACCGCCAUCAUGAUGUGUACCUACGAGCUAGUGGUCUACAUGCUGAAUGGUUAACCUCUGACCCAAGAUGAAAUCCCAGAGAGAGAUGGGCCGACGUGGACGGAUGGCAUAAAGAGACCCCAGAGAAAUUAAACAGGAGAGGGACCAGGGACUGUCAUCUCUCCCACCUCCAGUCCCUCCAUCCUGUCUUUCUAAAACUAAAGCAAAUUGUCCCAAAAGCACCCGUUUUUUGGGGGAUGGGGAGUUGGGUUGUUUUCAGGGGUGCACGACACAGGAAGAGGGGUUGGUAGACAGGAAAUCAAUGUUUGUUUUGGGGAUAUGGUUUAAACUUGUUUAAAAAGAAGCUGUCUCAUUGAAAAUUAGUCCUUAGGAGCCCUUUCUCUCGCUCUCUCUCGUUUUCUUGCUCUCUCUUCUUGUCUCUCCUAAAUAAGCACAUAGCUUACUGGAGCAGGUACAUUGGGGAGAGCACUCAAGCUAGUUUAGAGUCUAACAAUGCUAAUAAUUUAUGUGGUUUGUGUGUCAAGGGGGCAAUUGGUAGUAGAGGCUUAUUGAGUGCAGGGAGGUCUUGAGGGGAGGAUAGUGUUGGGGUGAGGUGGAUAGGGGAUGUGCCUUGCAUGAUGACUGACUGACCUGUACAGAUGCAUAAUAAUGAUAUGUGGGGAAGCAGAGUUCAGACCAGCCCUGGUUUCUGGAUCUCAGUAGACCCCAUUUGGGCCACAGGCAUUCAGAACCACACACAGUGCUGGUCGGGUCCACUUUGUACUCAGGACGAAGCCUGGUCCUCUCCACCCCAGUUGGACUGCAGGCAUUCAGAACCACACAGUGCUGGUCGGGUCCACUUUGUACUCAGGACGAAGCCUGGUUCUCUCCACCCCAGUUGGACCAUAGGCAUUCAGAACCACACACAGUGCUGGUUGGGUCCACUUUGUACUCAGGACGAAGCCUGGUUCUCUCCACCCCAGUUGGACCGUAGGCAUUCAGAACCACACACAGUGCUGGUUGGGUCCACUUUGUACUCAGGACAAAGCCUGGUCCUCUCCACCCCAUUUGGUCAACAUGCACAGGGGCUAGUCCACUCUGACAGGCCUAACCUAACCUAGGAGACUGGUUGACAUCCUGACUAACACUAGACAUUGAUACUGGAAUAAAUAUGCAGAAGUCUUUACUGUACGGCCUGGUCAGUGUGGACAGCACUUUGGGCUCUUUCUCUGUGUGCAUUCUGUAAAGUGAGUUGGAUGACCGUAAGAACCUCUGACCCACUCCCUCAGCACCCAGACUGACCAGAAUCAUCCGCCCUUUUUAACUACUUGAAUGUUAACCAACUCAAGGAAUAACAAACUAAAGACGAUGGGAGCAUUGUCUCGCGUCAGAAGCCAUCGCGCUAUCUGAAGUAAGACUCUGCUAUGAUAGUGAAACAACCACCAACCUUGUGAAUAUACUAAGAACGAAAAAAUAUUAACAGAAAAUCAUUAACUUAACAAGACAAUUUUAUACACUGAACAAAAAUAUAAACUCUACAAUUUCACUGAGUUUACAGUUCGUAUAAGGAAAUCAGUCAAUUGACAUAAAUAAAUUAGGCCCUAAAUCUAUGGAUUCCACAUGACUGGGCAGAGGGCGCAGUCAAUCCGAAUGAGUUAUUCUCCAGAAAAGGGCAUUAUUACAGACAGAAAUACCCCUCCGUUUCAUCAGCUGUCCAAGUGGCUGGUCUCAGGCGAUCCCGCAGGUGAAGAAGCCGGAUGUGGAGCUCCUGGGCUGGUGUGGUUAUUAUACAUGGUCUACUGCUGUGAGGCCGGUUGGAUGUACUGCCAAAUUCUCUAAAACGACAGAGGGGGCUUAUGUUAGAGAAAUUAACAUUCAAUACUCCUCCACCUCUAGUGGACAUUCUUGCAGUCAGUGUGCUAAUUGCACACUCCCUUAACUUGAGACAUCUGUGGCAUUGUGUUGUGGUAUUAUCUUGGCAAAUUAGAAAUGCUCACUAACUGGGAUGUGAACAAAUUUGAGAGAAAUAAGCUUUUUGUGCAUAUGGAACAUUUCUGGCAUCUUUUAUUUCAGCUCAUGAAACCAACACUUUACAUGUUGCGUUUUAUAUCUUUGUUCAGUAUAAUAAUUAUUAAAUGGUAUAUAUUAAUGUCUUCAUAAGAUGUAACAUUGUUGAAUUUUUCUGCCCAGUCAUGGGAGCGUAAACUAUAUGUUUUGGGGGAAAUUCAGGGUGAACCUCUGAACCCCCAAGGUUUCUUCUCCCCCUUAGACAAAUGUGUGAUUCUUUAUGCACUUUUCUGUAGACCUGCUCUGACCUUUCAAUUGCAUCUCUUAUUUCUCUGCCUCAGCAUCCAAGCAAGUGUUACAGAUGAGACAAUCCUCUGUCCAGUGUUCACUGUGGAGGUGUGUUGUACAGUUUAGUCUGCGUGUGAGAAUAGACGGGAUACUCGAGUGUACGUGAUGCUACACGAUAAGGAGCCCCUAUGUUUCUCUAUACGUUAUGCAGUAUAUGUGUAGUUAGAAGAAAAAAGACUGUUUCAAACCCGAUUUUCUAAAAUGUUUCAUUUUGAAACGUCUUUUUCUGGUUUGAUUUUCUAAUCGGACUGUUUUUCGAUGGAAAACAAAAAGAUGCUCUCUACCUACUUCGCCUCCAUUUUAUUUAGCUGUUUUUCCUGUUAUUUGUUUGAGUUCUGUUUCAAAAUGACAAUGUUCAUCUCCUUGUCUACCUGUUGUUUACAUUCAGCUGUGUGUAACCAUAGACGCCCUCACCUACUGACCUUUCCCCGGUCACAUGAUACGAGCACAAAGAGCCUUUCCAGCACAUGUAAGCUUCACUGCAGCCAUUCACUCAAAUAUCCACAGGUCACACUAAUGCUAGAAAUAAGAAUUAGGUUUAACAUGACAGUUUCUUAACAGAAAAUGACUGUAUUCACUCUGGAACCCAGUAAAUGAAGACGGUAAUGACUGGAGUUGUAUUAAUAUCUAGAUAAAAUAAAAGCAGCUACAGUUUGAGAUGUGUGCAUUGUUCAAAUGCACCUCUUCACUCUCCAUGCCAACACAUCUGGGUGACAUGGCUGAGACAAUCAUGAAGGCUGUAGAAGCAACUAACAACCUCACUAAAACAACUAAGGCUGUAUGUAGUAAGCGCAUUCUAAAGAUGGUCAACGGUGAAGUCCGCUUGUGUUCCGCAAACGAAACAACCUGUACCUCUGAGUGACUACACCAAGGGUUUCAGAGCUCCCUCCUCAGGGACCACUGGACGUUUCACAUAUUUGUUGUAGCCCUAAACUGGCACACCUGAUUCAAUUAGUCAACGAUCACCAAUUGAGUUGUGCCAAUUCGAGGCACCAACAAAUAUGUGAACCAUCUGGUGGUCCCCGAGGAGAGGUUUGGGAAGUAUUACUCCACACCAGGGAUGGGGGUGGGGGCCACUAAAUCUGAACUCAUCAUGAGGGGCCACAUUUGCUCACAGGUCUGUGUGCCUACAUCCAUGAAAAAUAAUAAGUCCAUGCAACUUAUGUGACUUGUUAAGCAAAAUUUGAUUAAUGCAGGGUAGUAACCUAAUGAGUUGGGAUUAUGGUUCUUUGUUUACCUAGCUAGCUACAUGUCUUAACAAAAGACUCCACUAUGCAAGUAACCAUUUCGGGUGCGUUCGUAAAUUCACCGCAGAACCGCAGAAUAUUUGAUGAAUUAACGAACGCUCAACACCCGUUGAAUAUGGUUUGUGUCAGUAAACGUCUGCAAAAAAGCAUAAUGAAAUUGUUGCCAGCAGCACAGUUAGUCACCAAUGCUCUGGAUAACAUGAAAACAGUCUAACCAGCUCUGCUAGGGCGAGUAAAAUGGUCAGAGUGGGGUGUUCUCAUUUUUGUCUAGAAGUAGCUAGCCAACUUUAGCUUGGGUGCUUGACUGCCGUUGAAUGUUCGGAUCAACCCUACUCCUCGGGCCGGGGCGUCCAGUGUACGCUCCGAGUGCGAAACGCUCUGAAUUUAUGAAUGGACAGGACAGUUGCACAGUAUCUGGCAGCACAGUUGCAGUCACUAACGCUCUGGAUAACAUAACAGCCCAACCAGCUCUGCUAGGGCGAGUAAUGUUCAGUGAGCUGUUCUCUCAUUUGUGUCUGGAAGUAGCUAGCAAGUCAGCUUGGGUGCUUGACUGCUGUUAGUACAGAAUGCUCGGAUCAAACCUUAAAGAUGGGUGGGGCUAAAGCUUAAGAGGGUGUGAACGAUGCUGAAUGGGUGUAGACAGACAAAGGGCUCUUCACUAGAUACGAAAACAUUCAAAGGCCAUUUUCUCAAAAGUGAGUUAACAAGUUUAUCAACUUCCAAAGCAAAAUUACUUCCCCAUUGUUCCUCAACUGUAGUGUAUGAUAUAAUUUUGUAGCUCUGAGUCUCUACUUUUAUCCAAUGUAAAAAAAAAAAAAAACACGAUUUCAAAUUUUGCUCCAUAAGACCGAUUUGAGCCAGUCGGUCACAAAUGUUCACUCCUAGACUUGCCAUAACAAAGGGGUUGAAUAGUAUUGACUUAAGACAUUUCAGCUUUCAAUUUUGUAUUCAUUUGUAAGCAUUUCUAAAAACAUAAUUCGCUUUCACAUUAUGGGGUAUUGUGUUUAGGCCAGUGACACAUCUCAAUUGAAUCCAUUUGAAAUGGGGCUGUGAAACAAGUCGAGGGGAGGGAAUACUUUCUGAAGGCGCUGUAACUUCCUGCAAUUCUAUACAUUUUGACAGAGUUGUGAGAAAUGUUUGGAGUUUAUAAUACAUCUGAGGAAGACUGACCAACAAAUUCACUGGGGGCCACCCGGCCAGUAAUUCUACCAUAAUUACUAAGUAUAGCUGGCCGCUAGACUCAUUUACCAAUCUAAUCAUUUUUUUGCUGACAUCAGUGGUGGAAAAAGUACCCAAUUGCCAUACUGAGUAAAGAUACCUUGAAAAUGACUCAAGUAAAAUACUACUAGAGUAAAAGUCUAAGUAUUUGGUUUUAAAUAUACUUUAGUAUCAAAAGUAAAAUAAAUAUUUUCACAUUCCUUAUAUUAAGCAACCUAGACAGCACACUUUUUUAUUCAUGGAUUUUAUUUAAUUAUUAUUUAACUAGGAAAGUCAGUUUAAAAACAAAUUCUUAUUUAGAAUGACAGCCUACCCCGGCCAAACCCGGACAACGCUGGGCCAAUUGUGUGCCGCCCUAUGGGACUCCCAAUCACGGCCGGAUGUGAUACAGCCUGGAGAGCCAGGGGCACACUCCAACACUGACAUUUAGUGAGUCUCAGAUCAGAGGCAGUUGGGAUAUUCUCUUUAAAACUGUUUGAAUUAGACCAUUUCUGUACUAUGUAUUGAAACUGUAACAAGUACUUUUAGGUGUCAGGGAAAAUGGAGUAAAAAGUAAAUGAUCUUCUUUAGGAAUGUAGUGGGGUAAAAGUUGAGAAAAUAAAAUAGUACAGAUACUCAAAGUACUUUACCCCACUGUCUGACAUGACCUAAUUGAGUGACUGUCAGUGUCUGACAUGA